AUGGCCUCCUACGCCCUACCGAGUCCGCCGCUCUCCCACGGCCAUAGCCAUGGCCACAGUCACAGUCACGGACAUUCACACUCUUUUGGGCAUUCGCGGCGGACCGGCUCACAGAGCCAGAGUGGCUCAGGACAUCACCGCUACAGCCAGAGCCUCGAUCAAGAUGGACAAGACCACCUACAACAGAACAUGUCCCACUACAGAGCAAACUCCUACCUGCCGCUACAAAAGCGCGAGAACCGUCCCUCACCAUUGUCGAAGCAAAACACCAGCUUGACUCCCGUGGAAGACAUGUCGCCAAUGACGCCGGCGCGCGCGAAUACGGAUACCUACUUCGAUUCCAAAGCCGCCGCGUCGCACUCCCACGAGCAUCAUGACCACGACCACGACCACCACGACCACGAUCAUCAUGACCACGACCGUGAACAUGACCAUGAUCACGGCCACGAUCACAAGCACGAUCACAGCCAUAGUCACAGCCAUAGCCAUAGCCAUAAAGAGAGCUGCGGACAUGACCACCACAGCCACAGCCAUGACCAUGGUCACGACCACGACCAUCAUGGGCACGAUCAUGCACAUGGCCAUGUUCAUGCACAUUCGGCCCAGUUUUCCAAGCUGACGAGUCUCUUGCUGCCGUACACCUCUCGAUGGCCACUUAUACAUGCCAUAAUGACAGAGAAGGACUCGCGUCGCAUUUUCUAUUUCAUGGGCCUCAACUUCUCGUUCAUGGCCGUUCAGGCUUUCUAUGGCUACGUCACAGAUUCUCUAGGUCUGCUGAGCGAUAGUAUACACAUGUUCUUUGACUGUGUAGCAUUGGCAGUUGGACUUUUUGCGGCUGUCAUGGGCAAGUGGCCCCCAAGCCAGAGAUUCCCAUAUGGAUUUGGAAAGAUUGAAACGCUUAGCGGCUUCGCCAAUGGCAUUUUCCUAAUUCUGAUCAGUGUUGAGAUCAUGUUUGAGGGUUUCGAGAGGCUAUUGGAGGGCCGGGAGACAAAGCGACUCCUGGAUCUCUUCGUUGUCAGUACUUUGGGACUGGUUGUUAACUUGCUGGGCAUAUUCGCAUUUGGCUCCCACGGACACCACGGCCAUGAUCACGGGCACGGGCACGACCAUUCACACGGACACAGCCAUGGUCAUUCUCAUGGUCAUUCCCACGGCCACUCUCACGGGAACGACAACAUGCAUGGCAUUUACCUGCACAUUCUCGCCGACACCUUGGGAAGCGCGUCGGUCAUUUUCUCCACAAUCUUGACAUAUUUUAUCCCAUGGUCUGGAUGGGAUCCCCUGGCAUCUUUCUUGAUUGCCUACUUGAUUGCCAUCACUGCAAUUCCUCUGGUCAAGUCUUCUGCUCAUCGACUGCUUCUGGUCAACCCGGACGACACCGAGUACAUGCUUCGCAAUACCCUGACCGGGAUCAGCGAGGUUCGAGGUGUGGCUUCUUAUGCUGUGCCCAAGUUUUGGACUGACGAUCGAACCGGACACGCUGCUAAUGGAAGUCUGUUGGGUGUCAUCCACGUGGCAGCCAUGCGCGGAACCGACUUGGAAGAAGUGCAAGAACGGGUGAACAACUAUCUGUUGGACAAGGGCAUAGAUAUGACCAUUCAAAUGGAGCGAGAAGGCGAUUCGUCUUGCUGGUGCGGCAUGGGCAGAACCAGCCCGAUAACACCCAAAACACCAAGUUUCCACUAG